AUGGUUCUACAGAAGUUGGGAAAAGCAGAUGAAACCCGAGACGUGGUGUUUGAGGAGAUGGUUUCUAACUUCAACAAGCAGAUGAAUGAAGGAACAAAAAUACAGAAGGACCUCAAGGCCUAUCUGACCGCAGUGAAGACGAUGCAGGAUGCGUCUCGGCGGCUGCAGGACUGUCUCGCUGACAUGUAUGAGCCGGAGUGGUUUGGGAAAGAGGAGAUGGACGCUCUGGCUGAGGACACAGACACCCUGUGGUUGGACUUCCACCAGUCUCUCACAGAUAAAUCGAUUCAGACCCUGGACUCGUAUCUGGCCCGGUUCCCCGACAUCAAGGCUCGUAUAGCGAAGCGCGACCGUAAGAUGGUGGACUUCGACAGCGCGCGACAUCACUUUGGAAACUUACAGAAAGGAAAGAAGAAGGAUGAGGCCAAGAUUGCCAAGCCCGCGGCUCUACUGGAAAUGGCGGCUCCCAGUUGGGCUCAGGGUUUGAUUUCUGCGCAUCAGGUGGCUCAGACUAACCUCUCCUACAACCAGGCGGAGGAGGAGCUCGGUCGGGCGCAGAGGAUCUUCGAGGAGCUGAACGUGGAGCUCCAGGACGAGCUGCCGGUGCUGUGGGACAGCCGUGUUGGCGUAUACGUGAACACAUUCCAGUCCAUGGCCAAAAACCAGGAGAAGUUCCACCGAGAGAUGACUAAGUUAAGUGAAAACCUGAAUGACAUCAUGACCAAAAUCGAGGAGCAGCGAGAUCUGAAAAAAGCAGAGAAACCCGAGACUGCGAAGAGCAUCGAAACGAGCCACAGCGACCCAGCCAGCUCAGCACCAAAGGGCGCGGUGACAAACGGUGACGGUGAGAUGCCUCCUGGUUUUAUCUAUAAGGUGAAGGCGGUUCACGACUACGCAGCCACAGACGGAGACGAGCUGGAACUCAAGACGGGAGACCUGGUUCUGGUUCUGGCCUUUGAAAACCCGGAUGAACAGGACGACGGCUGGCUCCUCGGAGUGAAGGAGUCUCACUGGGUCCAGAAGAAGGAUUUAUCAGUGAAAGGAGUUUUCCCUGAGAACUUUACCAGCAAAGUUUGA